AUGGAGCGGUUGAGCCGCCAGCUCCAACACCAUCUCUCCGCCUCUACAAAACGUACCAUCCCUACCAGAGCCUUGGUCUCCUACGUCGUGGACUACUUGAUCAUCAUAGUGCUGGCCAUCAUCUACGCCGCUCUCGACAAACUGGUCACGCCCUUCUCGCAGCAUUUCUCGCUCAACAACAUCUCCAUCCAAUACCCUUAUGCCGUCCACGAACGGAUCCCGAUCCACAUCGCUCUGCUGAUCUCUGGCGCCUUCCCCGCCGCCGUGAUUCUGGUCUACACGCUGUUCAUCGACGGCUUCUUCUCCCAUCACCGCCGCACGACGCAUACCAGGUGCAAAUACACAAUCGGCGAUCGACUGUGGGAGCUGAACUGUGGCUGGUUGGGGCUGUUGCUGGCCCAGGGCGCCGCGUUUGUCAUCACCGGCACACUCAAGAACCUGUGUGGAAAGCCUCGGCCGGACCUCAUCGAUCGUUGCCGUCCCCAGACAGGAUCUGCCGACGGUGUUCCUUACGGCUUGGCCACCAAGGCUAUCUGCACCCAGCAGGAUGAAGCCAUUAUGCAAGAUGGCUUCCGCUCCUUCCCGUCAGGCCACGCAUCCUCUUCAUUCGCCGGUCUGUUCUUCCUGUCCCUCUACCUGGCCGCCAAACUGCACGUGCUCGACCAUCGCGGCGAAGUCUGGCGAAGCGUGAUCGUGUUGAUCCCUACCCUCGCCGCAUCCUGCGUCGCCAUGUCUCGCAUCAUGGACGCCCGCCACCACCCCUUCGACGUCCUCUUCGGCUCCGUCCUGGGUCUCUUGUGCGCCUGGGCUGCCUACCGCCAGUACUUCCCGCCCGUCAGCCACGUGUGGGAGAAGGGACGCGCCUAUCCCAUCCGCUCCUGGGGGAUGCCUGUCAAACGACCUGUUCCUGGCAAAGUCAUGCUCGACAGCGAAACGCUCGAGGUUCUGGACGACAGAGUCGCCGCUGAUGAGAACGGAUACGACACCAACCCAAACAACACUGCCAUUUCGUCCCGGUACGAAUUGACAUCGAUGGCAAAUCGGCGUCCCACGAGACCGCGACAGAGGGAGGCUUCGCUAGAUAUGGGUCUUGAGACGGGGUAUUCUGGCCGCGGCGGCGGCGUCAUCGCUGCAUCGACAUCACGACAGAAACAACAGUACCAAAAUCAACCUCAACCUCAGCAACAACCAUAUUCUUCGGUCUCAGCACCACCACCACCUUCGACUUACCUGAAUACAAACAACGCUUUCUGCGACCAAAUGGAGCAUAGCCGUCGCAUGGGAGAUCCCACGACUAUCGCUAGUCCGAGUCCGAGUCCGAGCCCGAGUCCAGAGCGUGGUCGCGGACGUCUACCAGAUCCAGUCCAUCCUGCGGACAUUGACGAUGAUGACGACCGAAGACCUCUGCAUUCAGCACGGAUGGUAGCUUGA